AUGCAGGAGAAGUAUAACGCCGGAGGGCCCACUGCGUCAUUGUUCAGGCGUCAUAAAUAUCUCACAGUUUUCUCAUUGGUAUCGUAUUAUACCCUCUUAUUUGUUUUUGUCUUUGCAUACAUCUGCAAAGAUGCAGAAUCGCAGUAUCAUAUGAAGUCCAUCGUUGAUACGGAAGAAGUUUCCAAACAUUUGGAGAAGCUGCAUUUAACACCUCACCAUUCUGUCAAAGUUAUGUCGGUCGAUAGUAAUGGGCAGGCCAAACAAACCAUACUUCAUGGGAGAUUUUUACAUAUUACCGAUAUGCACCCAGAUGAGCUGAAUGUUAUUGGUGGAGCUAUUCGUAAGAAAUGCCAUUCCAAAAUCAAAGGGCUUGUUGACAAUGAAGAUAUUUCUCAUCGAUAUGGUGAUUCUCUGAGUGGAUGUGAUUCUCCAAUGGACCUCUACGAGUCCACGUUACAAUGGGUCAGAGAAAAUUUGAAAGACCACAUUGAUUUUGUCAUUUGGACCGGAGACAACAUCCGACACGAUAACGAUCGGUCACACCCACGUACCGAAUAUGAUAUUUUUGAAAUGAACGAAAGAGUUGCCCAAGAUAUGUCCAAAACUUUCAUGGAUGACAAUGAAGCGGAUGAAGACCCGUAUCGCCGAAGAGUUAAACUAGUUCCAAGUUUAGGUAAUAAUGAUGUUUAUCCUCAUAACUUGUUUGCACCGGGCCCAACCUUGCAAACUCGUGAACUCUUUAAAAUUUGGAAAGACUUUAUUCCUCCUGAACAAAUGCACACCUUUGAUAGAGGCGCUUAUUUUUUUAGAGAAGUUAUUCCUAAUAAGCUAGUUGUUAUUAGUAUAAAUACACUCUACUGGUUUCAAUCCAAUCCUUUGAAUGAUAAUUGUGACUCAAGGAAACAACCUGGUUAUAAACUAUUCUUGUGGUUAGGUGCCUCAUUAAAGGAAUGUCGGCGUAGAGGAGUAAAAGUUUGGUUGAGCGGUCAUGUUCCUCCUAUCCCUAAAAAUAUACACCAUAGUUGUUAUGCUAAAAUAAGUGUAUGGUUACAUGAAUAUAGGGACUUAAUUAUUGGCGGUGUUUGGGGACACAUGAAUAUAGAUCAUUGGGUUCCUCUGGAUUCAGUCAAAGCAUGGAGGAGUAUAGAAAAGAGGCUUCUUCGAAUCGGAGCAAUUAAUGAGGAAAAUACAAUUCCGUAUAUUGAUUAUGAUGCAAUCGAUGAACUUUUCAGCUCAGAAGAGGAAAAGGGUUUAUACGAUGAUAAAACUACGGAAGAUUUUGGAACUGUCGAAGAUCUAUAUAGAGCCUUUGGUUUCAAUAUAGAGGACGAAUCUGGAAAUCCGCUACACACAUUUUCAGAUAGAUACAUGGGAGCACCUAAUGCUAAGGGUGCCUAUUUAGAGUCGAUAAGAGACAAUAUGUUUGCCAAAUUAAAGGGGAAAAGAAAGGGAGGUAAGCACUCUGAAAGGUAUGCGAUAGCUCACAUUUCUGCUAGUGUUAUUCCAACAUAUAACCCCGGCAUGCGUGUUUGGGAAUACAAUAUAACUGAAUUCCGAGAAUCUCAAAAGAAUCAUCAUGGCACAUUCUCCUUGACAGGGCUUUAUCAGAAAGCAAAGGAUAUUGUGAAAGCUAGUAGAUCUUCAAAGUCUCUUGUUUUGAGAGAGACAAGCUGGGAAUCAUUCUUUGAUGAUCUUGAGCAGAAAUUCAAUCAAGAAAGCAAACUGGAAGAAUUAGCUUCAUUGAUGGAAAAUGAUGAAACAGCAUUUAAUGCACAGGCUUAUGCAGAUAUCAUGUCACCAGCAAAAGAUAAAACCAUACCUCCAGUAAUGCCUAGAGAUUUACCAUUGGGUCCGGCUUAUGUUCCUCAGACUUUUUCCCCAGAAAACUAUGUUCAAUAUUACAUUGACUUAAACGAGCACAAUUACGAGAAAAAAGAUGUUGAUGUUUGGGAAUUUGAAUACAAAGUUCACUAUUCUACCAAGGAGGAUAAUCGGAAAGAUACUUUGCUUGUUUCUGACUGGGUUAAGUAUGGUAAAGUACUUGCCCAAUCUGGGCCUGUUGAUAACCAAAACAACGGUGAACGAAGCAUGGCAAAAGCUCAAGAUGCUAAAAAAUUAUGGAAGGCAUACCUUGAGCGGGCAUUUAUUGGUUCCGGAUAUGAGCUAAUUGAUAGGGCAUACUAA